AUGUCUGAAUCUACCACUCCAAGAUCAUGCGCACACGGACGGAUCCGUCCAAGCCUAGCUCUACCAUCCAAAUGGGCGUCAUUGCGAUGCACUGACGUGGUGACAAUGAUUUCGCCGACGCUCUCGUUCCCCAUGUACGCAGCUACUUCGGAUCGCAUUGCCAGCACGAGGUGGAUAACGAUGCUGUGCGAGUACACGUCCACGCCAUUGACACGAACAGUACUCUGCGAGCGAUCGAGGCACAAGGCGCGGUAUGGUUCGGAAUGCGCCGACGUAUGUCUACUUUGGCGCAUCGGCCUUGUCGGGUUCUCACAUUCCAGCUGUGCUCAGCUGUGCUCAGCUGUGCUGACCUUGAGCCAUGUCGGCCACAUCCAGCAAACGGACGUGGCCAACUCGCCUUCCCAAGUCCUUACGUCCACAGCACUUGCUUGA